UUUUUACUGGAAACCUGGAUUUAAUGAAGUCUAAAAUCCGUGACUUAAAUGUGAGCUCUUUGUAAAUCUUGCUUGUUGAAUAAUUGACGUCUCUGAGACCAUGGGCCCCCUGCGAGGCCCCUCACUCUCCCUUCUCCUGCUGCUCCUCCUCGUCUCUGCUCAGUGUCGCAAACUCCGCCGGCUAACGCGCAACCACCCGCCCCACCCUCACACCCAGCCCCAGAGCCAGCCCCCCAAACCCAACAUCACGCUGGCCGUUAUCCUGCCACAUAGUAACACCAAGUACCCGUGGGCGUGGCCUCGUAUCGGCGCUGCCAUCGACCGAGCCGUGUGUACAGUGAACUCUGACCCCCGGCUGCUCCCGGGUCACCUACUCACGUACGUGUUCAAGUCAAGUCAAGACAAACACGGGAUCUGCUCCGAGUCCAUGGCGCCUCUGAUGGCGGUGGACCUAAAGCUGGGGUAUGACCCCUGGGCAUUCAUCGGGCCCGGCUGCUCCUACGCUGCGUCGCCAGUCGGGCUGUUCGCUGGGCACUGGGAUGUUCCCAUGGUAACUGCGGGCGCGCCGGCUGUGGCCUUCUACGGCGGUGUGUACCCGUCCAUCACCAAUACCGGGCCCACCCACAAGAAGCUGGGCCGCUUCGCGCUGCGUCUCUGUGAACACUUCGGCUGGAGAGAGCAUGUCAUGCUCGUCUUCAGCGACAACAAGGUGGACGACCGGCCGUGCUACUUCGCCAUCGAAGGACUGUACACAGAACUGCAGGGCAUCAACGUCACUCUGGAGGAGCUGGUGUUUGAAGAGAACAAGACGCCCAUCAACUACUCCAACAUCCUGAGUAACAUAAAGAAUGAAGGACGAGUAAUGUUCAUCUGCUGCAUGCCCGAUGUCUUCAGGAAGUUGAUGGUUGAAUUCCGUUCUGCUGAUCUUCCCCAUGAGCAAUAUGUCUUCUUCUACAUCGAUGUGUUCGGGGAUAGUCUGAAUUCUGACCCCAAAAUGCCCUGGGCCCGAGGAGACGAAGAGGACGUCAUCGCCAAGGACGCAUUUCAGAAUGUGAAGAUUGUGACGUACAGAGAACCGCAGAACUCCGAGUACAGGGACUUCAUCAAGAACCUGAAAGAGGAUGCCCAGAAGAUGUUCAACUACACUGUAGAAGAUACACUGAUGAAUAUUAUUGCUGGAGGGUUUUACGAUGGUCUGAUGCUCUACACUCACGCUCUGAAUGAGUCCCUGACCGAACUUGCCAAAACUGGACCAAACCGGACCCAGAGACUGGAUCAGAUUCAUGGAUUAGGUCUGACCCAUGAACCAGCACGGCCCGGGGGAGAGGAGGUGACCCGGAGGAUGUGGAACCGCACCUACUACGGAGUGACCGGAACUCUGCAUCUGGAUGAGAACGGAGAUCGAGAGACCGACUUCGCCCUGUGGGAUUUGAGCGACACCAACUCCUCUGUGUAUCAGAUCGUGAUGGUCUUCACUGGGUCAGACGAGUCUCUGGCUCUUGUCCCAGGAACUCAGCUGCACUGGCUCUCAGGGGCCCCCCCACGAGAUGUCCCCCUGUGUGGAUUUAAGAAUGACAACCCCCUCUGCCUAGCCAAGACGAUCACGAUCCAUCAACUUGUGUCUAUCAUCCUCUUCUUCAUCUUCACCAUGGUCCUCACCGUCACAGUCUUCAUCUACAGGAGAAUGAAGCUGGAAAAGGAGCUGGUGGCUCAGCUGUGGAGGAUUCACUGGGAGGAUAUCCACAUGAGUAACCUGGCCAAAGUCCUGAGGAGUGGCAGCCGCAUCACCCUCUCUCUGAGAGGCUCAAAUUACGGCUCUCUGAUGACGGGGGAUGGGAACCUGCAGGUGUUUGCCAAGACUGGAUACUACAAGGGAAACAUUGUGGCGAUCAAAUACACAAACAGGAAGCGAGUGGAGCUGAACAGGAAGGUGCUUUUUGAGCUCAAGCAUAUGAGGGAUGUUCAGAAUGAGCAUCUGACACGUUUCAUCGGUGCCUGCAUAGACCCUCCAAACAUCUGUAUCAUCACGGAGUACUGCCCCCGCGGGAGCCUGCAGGACAUUUUGGAGAAUGACAGCAUCACUCUAGACUGGAUGUUCAAGUAUUCACUCAUCAACGACAUCGUCAAGGGCAUGCUGUUUCUCCAUAACAGUGUGAUAGUGUCCCAUGGAAAGCUGAAGUCGUCUAACUGUGUGGUAGACAAUCGUUUCGUCCUGAAGAUCACAGACUACGGCCUGUCCAGUUUCAGAGUGGACAGUGAGACCGGGAAGGAUGCCCAUGCAUACUAUGCGCAACGGUUGUGGAUGGCCCCUGAGCUGCUCCGCCUCGAGGCUCCUCCUCCUCAGGGCACACAGAAGGCAGACGUCUUCAGCUUCGGCAUCGUGCUUCAGGAGGUAGCGCUACGACGAGGAGCCUUCUAUAUCCAAGAAGACCCACUCAGCCCCAAAGAGAUCGUGGAUCGUGUGGUACUCGGGGAGUGGCCCUGCCUCAGGCCCACAGUUGACCCUCAGGUCCACAGUCCUGAGCUGGGUACUCUUAUGACCCGCUGCUGGGCUGAAGAACCAACUGAGAGACCGGAUUUCAGCCAGAUCCAAGUCCUGCUCCGCAAACAGAACAAGGAGUCCCGGACUAACAUCUUGGAUAACCUGCUCUCUCGGAUGGAGCAGUAUGCCAAUAACCUGGAGGAGUUGGUGGAGGAGCGGACUCAGGCGUACCAUGAAGAGAAACGCAAGGCUGAAGCUCUACUGUACCAGAUACUACCACAUUCUGUGGCAGAGCAGCUGAAACGUGGAGAGACGGUUCAGGCUGAGGCCUUCGACUCUGUGACUAUUUACUUCAGUGACAUAGUGGGAUUCACUGCAAUCUCUGCAGAGAGCACCCCCAUGGAGGUUGUGACUCUUUUGAAUGACCUCUACACAUGUUUUGAUGCCAUCAUCGACAACUUUGAUGUUUACAAGGUGGAGACUAUCGGUGACGCAUACAUGGUGGUCUCAGGAUUACCAGUGCGUAAUGGUAAACUCCAUGGCAGAGAGGUGGCUCGGAUGGCACUGGCUCUGCUCGACGCUGUUCACUCGUUCAGGAUUCGACAUCGGCCGGAGCUUCAGCUGAAACUCCGCAUCGGAAUCCACAGUGGUCCGGUGUGUGCCGGAGUAGUCGGACUGAAGAUGCCUCGAUACUGUCUAUUUGGAGACACAGUGAACACAUCAUCACGAAUGGAGUCCACGGGAGAAGCACUGAAGGUCCACGUUUCUUCUGCUACUCGUGAUGUUCUGAUGGACUUCAACUGUUUUCAGCUAGAGCUCCGAGGAGAGAUCGACAUCAAGGGAAAAGGCAAGAUGACCACGUACUGGCUGCUCGGGGAAUCGGACCCGCAACCUCCCAGUGACUGACCACAAACAGCCGCAGCUAUGGGAAUCCAACCAGCAACCUGCAAUCUCUGUUUCUCUGACCAUCUCCUCUGCAUCCUCUGCUCCAUCUGAUCCUCUAUCCUGCAUCUUCUGCACGUCUGACCCCUUCCUCUGUAUCCUCUCCACUGCAUCCUCUGCUCCAUGUUCCUCUGUAUCUUGUGCUCUAUCUGACCUUUUUACCAUAUAUUUUCAGCUUACUGCGCUGUGGUGACUUUGACUUACGGAUAUACAGUUGAAGCCAGAAGAUUACAUACACUAUAUAAAAAAACACAUGUUUACAUACAGUAAGAUUAUUAUGCCUAUAAACCAUUUGAGUAAACCCAGAUGAUGAUUUCAUAUCUUUGGGAGCUUCUGGUUUAUUGACAACAUUUCAGUUAAUUAGAGACACACCUGUGGAUGUAUUUAGAGACAAACCUGAAACACACUGCUUCUUUGUGAAACAAAAGGAAUCAGCCAAGGUAUUAGGAGAAUUGUGGACUUACACAAGUCUGGUCUAUUCCUGGGUGCAAUUUCCAGACGCCCGAAGGUGUCACGUUCAUCUGUUCAAACUAUUAUACACAAGUAUGAGGACCAUGGGAAUGUCCAGCCAUCAUACCGCUCAGGAAGGAGACGGGUUCUGUGUCCCAAAAAAGAAUGUGCUUUGGUCCAAAAUGUGCAAAUCAACUCAAGAACAAAAGCAAAAGAUCUUGUGAAGAUACUGGCUGGAGCUGGUAAGAGUGUGUCAUUAUCCACAGUGAAACAAGAACUGUACCAACCUGGACUGAAAGUCCACUCUGCCAGGAAGAAGCCAGUACUCCAAAAGAAACAUAAAAAGUCAGAUUACAGUUUGUAAAUGCACACAGUGACAAAGACCUUAAUUUAUGGAGACAUGUCCUGUGGUCAGACAUAACUAAAAUUGAAAUAUUUGGCCUUAAUGAGUAUUGUUACAUUUGGAAAUGGGGGAAGUUUGCAAGCCUAAGAACACCAUCCACUGUGAAAUAUGGGGGUGGCAGCAUUAUGUUGUGGGGUUGUUUUGCUGCAAGAGGGACUGGUGCACUUCACAAAAUAGAUGACAUCAUGAGGAAAGAACAUUAUGUGGAAAUACUGAAGAAACAUCUUAAGACAUCAGUCAGGAAGUUAAAGCUUAGGCUCAAAUGGGUCUUCCAAAUGGACAAUGACCCGAAGCACACUGCCAAAAAGUGGCUUAAGGGUAACAAAGCCACUUUUUGACUUUGUUACCAUUAAGCCACUCCAAUGUUUUGGAGUGGCCAUUACAAAGCCCUGAUCUAUUGAAAAUUUAUGGGCAGACAAAAAAAAUGCCUCUCUCAUUAUUCUGGCAUUUAGCAAAUACAAAUAAUUUUGAUAAUCCUAAUUUACCUAAAACAGCUAAAGUUUAGUCCGAUUUUAUGUCAGACAGUGACAAAAAAAAGUGUAUCUGUCUUUUUAUAAAGUGUAUGUAAACUUCUGUUUUCAACUGUAUGAUAGUAAUAAUCUUACCUAAAAUCUACUGACAUUAAAACUAAGACUUUUGAAAAAGCGAUGGGCCCACCAAAAAGCAACACUAUAUUACGGUCACAUGGUACAAUGACUAAACAAAGGAUUUACAGAAAAAGUAAAUCCAAAGACAGACACCAGCAGAAGGAUACAGCUACAUUGUGGUUCUCACAUUGGGUCAAAAAAAAGGAUUUUUCAUAUUUCCUCGUGGGAUUCUUGGUACAGUUUUGUGAAUCCUGGAGACAGACUGAACCAGGACUGAACCAGGAUUGAACCAGGACUUUUGGAUUCUGUGAAAGACUUUAUGUUCUGUGGUAGAAGACUAUUGAAUGACACAGAAGCAGAUAUUUUUCUAUAGACCUAAUACAGUGUUAAAUGUCGACUGUAAAAUAUGUAGAAAGUAGAAGCUCUAAAUAAACUUAUGUUGG